UCUAACACUGGAUUUUUGUGUGGAAGAUUUUGACGCGUGUUAACAGGAAUGCAGUAUGAAAUAUGUUGUUUGUUAUCAUCCACACAAACUUUUUGAAGUUCCUGAUGAUGGAUUCAUACGUGCUGAUAUUGGUGAUUGUUUCUCUUGUGUUAAGCCAGAAAGCAGAAAGCCAUAAUGGAAAUGUUGAGAAGAUGCACUAUGAUUUCUUCGACUCGGGAUGUGGAAAAUUAAGAUACGUGAACUUUGAUUCAACAUACCAAGUAGAAUGUAGAAAUAAAUUUUGCUUUGGAAAACAUGACAGAUGUAUUUUGCCAUUCACCGGCAGUAAUCCAAUGGACAUAGUGUGUGCACAGGUCAUUGAGCUACAAUGUGUAGGUCAAAUAAUAUUACGGAUAGACUAUCGUGGUGGAUAUAACGGUACCGGUUUUAAGGAGUAUAACUGUUUAAGAAAAGUGGAUAAGAAGAAAAGAUAUUGCGGAAAAUACAUUCACAUUACAUCAUUGCAAAAACAAACAACCAACGUUGUUCAUUCGUCGAUAAAAGUAUGGAUAAGAGCUUUUCGAAAUACAUCAGACGAGAUAAAAAUGACAUCAAAUAAUCCAAAAACAUAUGUUGGUUCAGUCAUAUUGUAUACGUUGGUAACACUGCUAUUGGUUAUCUUGGUUAUAGCUGGUGUGUUAUGGUUGCACCAAAGACGACGCCAGAGAAGAAAUACAACAGAUCCAGUCAAUUUGUCGUACCAGACAAAUAAUGUAACUGGACAAAAUCAUUUGAGAACUAAUGUGUCAGUUCGUUAUGGAGUUGUUCCAAAUGAAUACGUUGAUCUCGAGGGUGUAACUCAUCACGGGAAUAGGCCACACGAACCGUCUAUUAUUCCUUCAUCUGUACCAUUGGAGACUGACCAACAACCACCAGAUCAUGAUAUGUACGUGGACUUAUCUGUAGAUGCAAAUAGAGACACUGAGCGUGGUACAGCUGCUUACCAGACAAUAUGGGACUGACAAGAAUAUACGCAUUGAUUCAAAUGACAAAUGAACAAAACAUUAGACAGUCUUAACUGAAAAACUGGGAAGACGGGAUUUUGAAGAUGAUAAUAAUAGUAAUAACUAGACUGAUAAAAAAUGCAGAUGCAGGUAUAAAAGAUAGGAGUACGUUGUUUACACUCCAAAACACGACUAUUGCAUUCAAAUAUGUUCCACAAUCAACAUAUCAGAAUUUGUAACCACUACAUGAGACUUAUUAUACUGGGCAUCAAGAGUAACAUUCACUAUUAAGCUGGCAAAUGCGUUCAUGAAAAACAGUUUUAUUUUGGUGCAUAUUUGUAUAUGAUGACUAGUUCAGUUUGUAUGUGGGAAGAGAAACACGUGUGCUUAAUUAUGAAAAAAUAAAUGUAAAGGAUUCAUAUAUUGUGAAAUUAAAAUUGCAUGAAACGUU